AUGGUAGUUCAGGAUAAAUGGAAAAAAAGGGCGACAAUAGCCUACAGGAAGAAACAUAACAUUCAAGUUGCACCACCAAAACCACAUAAAAAGGAUUUGGGGACGAACGAAUGGCGCUUUCAAGAGGCUUCAGAAUUUUUCGAUGGAGAACAAGAGGAAGAGGAAUUUCCCAGUUUAGAGAGCUUGAAACAGAAAGAACAGGCUAGUAACGAGUUGGAAGGGGAGACGCAAGAGGAAGAGGUCGAUUACUCGAAAUUGCAAGCACGCCCUCUUACUGGAAUGGGAAUCGGCCAGCAACGGCCUAAAGCGAAGAUAAAGUCAAUCAAACGAGAGGAAGUGCAGGAUGUUUUGCAGGCAGCUGAACAUGAGAAAUCGAUUCAAGAUUUUCGGAAACGAUAUAAUGUUGAAAAGCCCAUAUUUCGCAUACCGAAUGCUUCAGGACAUGUAGGAGACGAGGAAGAUAUCGAUGACUUUUUAAAAGAAACAGAAUCUUCCGAACUAGGCACUUCUCAAAACGGAUUCAACUCACAUACACAGCAUCCUUCAAAGUCCUUGCCUUCUUCGUCCCUUCCAACAUCCGCUGCCAAAGACCAGUCCUGGCUAGAUGACUUGUUACGGUAA